AUGUCUAUCAAGCUUGAUCUCUCUAAAGCCUUUGAUAGGCUUGAGUGGUCUUUUAUCAUUGUUGUUUUUGAAAAGUUGGGUUUCUCUGAUGAUUGGUGCCAGUUAGUCUUUCAGUAUAUCAGCACCGUAUCUUAUUCUGUUUUGGUCAAUGGUUCACCAAGUGAGUCUUUUUUGCCUUCUCGGGGAAUACGGCAAGGUGACUGUCUUUCUCCGUAUAUUUUCAUUCUUUGUAUGGAGGUUUUAUCUCAACUUCUCUCUAAAGCUGAGGAUGAAAAUCUGAUUCGGGGUUUUAGAUUUAGGCAAAAUAGUCCCUCUAUUUCUCACCUUUUUUUUGCAGAUGAUUGCAUGCUAUUUUGUAAAGCUUCUGUCACUUAUGCGAAGAAUAUCAUAAAGGUUAUUAAUGUGUUUGCAAAGGCGUCAGGUCAGGCAAUUAAUUUUGAUAAAUCUGAGUUUAUUACUAGUGGGAAUAUGCAUCAUAGACACAUCAAGAUUUUAUCUAAGGCCCUUAACAUGAAGUUUCUCAGUAGUUCCGAAAAAUACUUAGGCACGCCUUUGUUUAUUGGUAAGGAUAAAACUAAGUCUUUUAGUUUUCUCAUGGAUAAUUUCUAUGCCAGAUUAAAUUCUUCCAUAAAAUCCAAUUUGAACAUAGCUGGUAGAACUGUGGUUACAAAGUAUGUACUUUCUAGUUUGUGUGUUUAUCAUAUGGCAUGUUUUCCUCUUCCUAAAACAGUUACUAGUAAAAUUGAUUCGAUUCAACACACUUUUUGGUGGGCUAAAAAGAAUCCUAAGCAUGCUGCAUACUUUCGCUCUUGGGGUGAUAUAGGGAAAUCUAAACUUAAUGGAGGUCUGGGUCUUAAGAAUUCCUUUGCUACUAAUAGGGUUUUCAUUUGCAAGCUGGGCUGGAGAAUUUUGAAGAAUCAGGGUAGUUUACUUACUAGAUUUCUCAAGGAUAAAUACUUCCCUAACCAGAAUAUUCUAGAGAUUGAUAAGGCUGCUGAUUCCGCUUCGUGGAUGUGGAAAGACAUUAUUAAGGGGUUGAUCUUUAUAAAGGCUAACUCAGUGGUUAAAAUAAAUAAUGGGGUGCUUACUCCCAUUUGGAAUGCUUCAUGGAUUCCAGGGAAUGUUCUUCCUCCCUCUCCCAUGAAUACUGCUUGUAAUGAAUUUGUUUAUGUGUCUGAGCUUAUUGACUAUAAUCAUAACUUUUGGAAUGUUCCUCUUCUGAACCUCUUAUUCUCCCCAGAUGAGGUUAUUAGAAUUAAGUCUAUUAGAUUGAAUUUGUUGCAGUCGGACUCGCUUAUGUGGGCUCAUACUAGAAAUGGUAAGUUCACCAUCAAAUCUGCUUAUAGAAUUUAUAUGAAUGAUAUUCCUUCUCCUGAAGACUCCACUUUCUGGAGGAAAGUCUGGUAUAUUGAUUGUCUGCCGAAAGUUAAGUUUUUUAUGUGGAAAAUGUUUGCUCAUAUGCUCCCAGUUAAUUCCAUUAUGCAGCUUUACAAUCCUCAUGUGAAUGUUCUUUUCUCUUUCCGUAAUACUCAUGAUGAAACUAUGAUGCAUCUUUUUGUUAACUGCCCUGUAGUGUUGCGUAUUUGGUUCAGUCUUUCCCUUCAGCAUUUGAUAUCUACUGAUUUGGAUUGGGUUGAUGAUAUUUUCUUAUAUUGGCAUGAAUCAAGCCUGGGUGCUUCUCCUUUUAAAGUUGGUUGGCCUAGUGUAGGUGCUAUUGUUAUGUGGUCUAUAUGGAAGCUGCGGUGUGAUGUAGUUUUCAAGAGUGCUUCUCUGGAUAUGAACAAGAUCAUUGUUGAUAUCAAGAGAAUGUUAAAUUCUUACAUUGCUCCAAGGAUUACUGUUAUGAAUCUUGUACACAAUGUCAAAAUUCCUCAGUCCGAAGUGGAGAACUUUAUGUUUGUAGAUGGCUCUUUCAAGGAUUUUAAUUUUGGAAUUGAUGUUAUUUGGUGUGAUGCUGCAGGAAAUGUAAGAAAGGUGCACUCGAACUUUAGGUUUGUUCAAGAUGCAGUGGGAGCUGAAGCUGCUGCUCUUAGUUUUGCCAUCUCUUGGGCAGAAGAAAUGAAUCUUCCCAAAGUAGUGUUUGAUAGUGAUUGUCUCCAACUGGUGCAUUUUGUGAAUGGCCGCAACAUCUCUGUGGGCUGGAGAAGCCAAGACCUCUUGGAGCAAUGUCGGAGUUCUAUUUAUUGUUCUGUUUCCUUUAAUGUUAUGUAUAUAAAGCGGUUAAAUAACCCCUUAGCGGACCGUCUUGCGCGACGGGCUAGAAAAAACAAUAUUAAGGGUUUAUGGUUUUCUCUUCCAAAUUUUCUUGAUGGUGUGUUCAGGAAGAUAAACCUUAGUGUAAUUUGUAACUUCCUUGUUUCUUAA